AUGUCCGGCGGUACACUUUUCGCCAUGGCUUUGCCUCCAAGCCUCGACCCCCUCAACCCGCUCAACCCCUACAAAGGCUUCUACGGCUGCGGCGGCGGCGCUGCCUACGCUCCUCCUGCGCCCGCUCCCGCUCGUGCGGUGCCGCCGUCCUUCGCUCUUCCUCGUAUCAUCACUCGCACCGUCAAGGCUCCUAGCACCGAGCAGCAGCACAACAACGACGAUGCUGAAGUCGAAGUCGGCACCGAGCCCACCGACGCUGGCGGCCGUGGCAAGUCAACGCGCGGACGCGGUGGUGGUGCACGCGGGCAGAAGAGUGGGGGUAGCAGUGCCCGUGGCGGCGGCAGCAAGAGUGGGGGCAGGGGUGGGAGGACGACGCGCCGGGGCUCUCGGGCUCAAGGCGGUGGCGAUGAUGACGGGGACGACGAUGAGGAUGAUGGCAGGAAACGUGGCGGCCGCCGUGCGGAGCCGGUGAUAAUCGUGCCGCCCGACGAGGAGAGCACCACAGACGAGGACUCCGACUCCGACUCCGACUCCGACGAAGAAGAAGAGGAUGAGGAGGAGCAAGGCCCACCUGCAAAGAAAGCGAAGAAGGGCAAGGGCAGGGCGGUCACGUUCGCUGCGGAUGUGAUGGCUAAGAACAACAGGCCCGGCGGCAGGUACUUUGGCGCGAUCAAGCAUGCCAAGUGGACGCACGACAACCACCCGCCGCCGCCGUCGCGCCGCCCGGGCAUGCCGCCGCCCGUGCCGGCCCAGGAGCGCGUCGCGCCGUGGGGCGAGACGUGGGUGGCCGACCAGAUGGCGUCGUUUGACUUUGGCGAGACCAUCUUCGCGGGCGCGUAUCAGAGCGCGCAGAUUACGGCUGAUCUGCUUGGAGGCGCGACGGGCAAGACACCCAAGGUGCAGCCCCCGGAAUCGCUCCCGUGGAAGACGCGCUUCGACUUGCCUCAGCCGAAGGACAUGCCGGCGAUGGCGAGGCGUGAUGCUGAGUUCGAGAGGGCUGGCGUCUGGAAGCUGACCAAGGAGAACGUGCCGGCGCUGUUCGAGAAGAAGGGCGCGACGCUGAUGUCGAUUUUCCCGCAGCACUCGGACUGUAACUCGAACAAGAAGUUGACGGCAUCAUUGGUGUAG